AUGGACGCUCCCCCCAUCCUCCCUUCCUCGUUCGACCUCGAGCGACAGCGUCUCGAAUCCACCCUCGACCAUGACCUGUCUUCCCUCUCCCUCUCCAUGACAGGCACCACGUCCACUUCUUUCGCAUCCUCUUCUCUUUCCACCAUCCCCGUCGGUCGUGCUGCCGUCGCCCCGAUGCCUCAGCUCGACGAGUACCCCCGAUUCCCCACCCACCACGACCACACGCCUCGUGCAUUCAAAAAGCCGUCUUACAACAACCGCUCAGAAACGAGCGUGGGCAUGUCUCCUGCGAGCACUGCCGGGCACCAUAUUAGCGCUGUGACCCUCGGAGCUGGUGUCUUCCGGCGACCAGGUGCCGAAGUGAGCGAGCGAACAGAUGAGUUUGACCCCGACCGCUCCCUAGGACGGCUAACGAGGGAGCUCGCGAGAACGAUGCAGAAGGAGCCCGCGUCACCGUUCCGGUCCUCUCACCCCCACUCUCCCCGAUCACCAUCACCCGCACCCUCCGUUCUCCCUAACCUCUCCCUCUCCCUUGGACGUCAGGACCCCCUUCCCUCGCCACCGAAUUCACGAACGGUGUCCUCGGCGUCAUCCAACUCUCAGUCGUAUGGAUACCAGAACCAGAAGAGCUAUGUCUCAGGAAAGCGCCCCGUGCUGGUGGAGACCACGAACAGGCAGAUGCGUGUGCCUGAGCGGGUGACAUCUCAGCCGAAAAGCAUCCGCCAACAACAGAUGAACGACUCGGCAGAUGUGACAGGCAUCACCGCACUGCUUGCGACUCCAGCUAAGGGAAUGGGCAUGUCGGAUCUCGACAAGAAUGGUGGUCCCGUGGACUCUGCCGGAGCAAGCAUCCCGCAGUCACUCGCCAGCCUGCAGGCUCGACUUCGCGCCCUGGAAACCGAGAACAGCGUCUCACGUCGUCGCGUUCGUGAGCUGGAAAGCGAGAUCGAGCGCGCCAAUCAGGAGAUUGCAGAGGCGAGGAAGUCGCGGGAGGCUGAAGCCCAGCUGCCCCUUGAGGAUCUGGUCGAGUCUCUCCGCGCUCACCUCGCCCGGCUGACGCGGGAGCUGGAGCAGAACAAGGCGCUGGUCUCUGAGCUUCGUCUCGCCGCGGAAGCCGAAUCUCGUGCGCCUCCGUCACCCGUCCGCCGCCAUGACGACUCCAAGGAAGAGAUUGCCAAGCUUUGGGACGAGGUUGACCGCCUGACUCGCGAGGUCAACCGACUCAACGACAUCGCUGAGCGAGGUCUUGCUGAGCGCACCCGAUCCCGAGAGGAGCGCUCCAUGCGUAUCGACGCUCUCGACUUAGCCGAGGACGCCGACACCCCCCGCCGCGAGACGACCAAGCGCGUCGAGUUCUCCCUCAAGCCCUCGCAGCUGCGCCAGGGACUGCACGCUGCGGCCGCAGCCGACACACACCUGAUGCCCCCUAGUGCCAAGUCGAAGCGUGUCACCUCCCAAGCUCCCGACGUCGACAGCACUGACGGUUACGAGAGCCCUACCCCUAGCACCCCCGUGUCGCGUAACACGCGCUCCGCUUCCAACGCGUCCAACCACUCUGUCCGGUCCAACCGGUCCAACCGCUCCCACCGAUCGCAUCGUGAGCCUGAGGGUCCGUCUUCUCCCUUCCCUUCCAUUCGCAUGGAGGACGAGCCCGAGUUCUUCUCUCCUGUGUUGCAGCGAGUCGACCGCGCCGUGUCUCCUCUGGCCGCUCCUGAGCGGGCGCAUCGCGCCUCGUCGCCGAUCACGUCACCCCUUGCUGAACGUCGGGAACGCAAUCACCGCGGCACGUCACCUCUUGCCUCCUCGCCUCCUCUGAACGCCGACGACUCGUUUGUCGCGGAGCCCUCAAGGCCGGCUAAGACCCAGCGCCGCAAGGUCUCCGCCUCCAAGAAGCUGCCUCGUGGUGCCCCCGCCUCUGUCCGCGCCUUAUUCAAGGACGGCUCCAUCCCGCCGCAGACGGUGCUGACUCGCGUCAUCUCCGAGCUCGAGGCUGACUUCCACCACUUCCGGAUGAUCUACAUCGAGCUCGCCGACCAGUACAAGGUUCUCGAUGUCGCGUGCAGCACGGAGAAGCGCCAGGUCCUCGCGGAACACCUGAAGGAGGUCAUUGACUCGAUGGAGCGAAAGGCGGAGCAGGUCUCUGCCCUCUACUCGCUCAUGACAGUCGAGGACCGAGAGGACGACGUUCUCCCUCAGCCACCCGCGCGGUCGGCUAACGACCUCUGGCGCUCAGUCCGCAACAGCCUCAGCGAGGAAGCCCGCCGGCGGCUUGAGGCCGACGGCCUCUUCCGCGCGUGA